UUUGAUUAUUAUUAUUAUUUAUUACAACCAGCCACCUUAUAUAAACGCUUCAUCAACGCGGGUAAAACGCAAAAUACGGAAACUAGAAGUUCCCGCCCACGUCAACAUUCAAAUUCACUUCUCAUUUCCUAGACCGUUGAGCAAAACAUCAGUCUUUCUCGACUCUUCCUCUCCUCUCCCCCUCGGCUCUCUUUUCUUGCUUGGCCUCACUGAAGAUGGGCAAAGCCAGAAAACGGGAGGGCCCAGCUCCCGCAGGCGACUCGUUUCCCACGCAGGAAGAGGACCCGAUUACUCUUUUGUCCUCAAAAGCUAAAAAAACGAAAAAGGCUAAGCUCGAUUCUGAGUUGUCCCUCGUCGGCGAUCCCAUUCCAGCUGCCGAAGCCCGCAAGAAAUGGCCCCUUCGCUACAAGUCCCAGAAUAAACUGAAGAAGGGGGGCGUUCCAGAGAGUGCUAAUGGGGAAUCGGGAGAAGAGGAAGAUGUACUGCAAGCAAAAAGUCACUAUACACAAGCAAUGGUUGAUGGUGUUCUAUAUAAACUUGGAGAUGAUGCCUAUGUCAAAGCUGAUGAUGGAAAUCCCGAUUAUAUUGCUAGAAUUGUGGAGUUGUUUGAAACCACUGAAGGAGAACCAUACUUUAACGCUCAAUGGUUUUAUAGAAUUGAAGACACAGUUAUUAAGGACUAUGCACAAUCUGCAGAGAGCAAAAGAGUGUUUCUUUCAGAAAUUAAAGAUGACAAUCCAUUGAAUUGCAUUGUCUCCAAAAUAAAAAUUGCCCUAGUUGCUCCAAAUAUGGAUUUAGCCGCUAAGGAGCAAAAAAUUCCACCUUGUGACCUAUAUUAUGAUAUGAAAUUUACAUUACCGUUUUUGACUUUUCAGACAAUGAAGACUGAUAAUUCUGCAAGAGAUAGUGGUUCAUCAUCAACUAUAUCAAGUGAGAGUGAUUCAAACAAUAGCACCAUUGAUGUUAAUGAUGCUGUUGCAAAACCUUCAAAAGCUCAUAGGCGUGAGAAGUCAGAGUUGUACUUGUUGGACCUGUACUCUGGCUGUGGUGCCAUGUCAACUGGCCUUUGUAUGGGCGCUUCUUUGUCUGGUGUCAAAUUAGUAACUAGGUGGGCUGUUGACAUCAAUCCUAAUGCAUGCAAAAGUUUGAAAAUAAACCACCCAGAAACUGAGGUGAGAAAUGAGGCAGCAGAGGAUUUUUUAUUUCUAUUAAAGGAAUGGGAAAAGCUGUGUAGGAAUUUCUCAUUACUUGCAUCAGAAGAACACCCAAAACAAAGUUCUAAUUCUUCAAGUGAUAAUGAAGAAGAUGAAGAAGACCAGGAUAAUGACUGUGCUAAUGAAGGGUCUGAAAUUCCAUCAGAAGAAUUUGAAGUGGAAAAGCUACUCACUAUUUGUUAUGGUGAUCCUAAUAAAACUAAGAAACGUGGAAUAUAUUUUAAGGUACGUUGGAAGGGUUAUGGUCCUAGUGAAGACACUUGGGAGCCUAUUGAGGGCUUGAGUAAAUGCAAGGAAAAACUUAAGGAGUUUGUGACAAAAGGUUAUCGGUCAAACAUCUUGCCUCUUCCCGGCAAUGCUGAUUUUAUUUGUGGAGGCCCCCCUUGUCAAGGAAUUAGUGGUUUUAACCGAUUUAGAAACACGAAAGCUCCUUUGGAUGAUCCCAAGAACCAUCAAUUGGUGGUGUUCAUGGACAUUGUUGAUUAUUUGAAGCCAAAAUAUGUUCUCAUGGAAAAUGUUGUUGAUAUUUUGAAGUUUGCUGGUGGCUUCUUGGGGCGUUAUGCCCUUGGUCGUCUUAUUUCUAUGAACUAUCAAGCUCGGCUAGGAAUGAUGGCUGCUGGAUCAUAUGGUCUGCCGCAAUUUCGAAUGCGAGUCUUCUUGUGGGGUUCCCAUCCAUCAGAGAGCUUGCCCCAGUAUCCAUUGCCAACGCAUGAAGUUGUUGCAAGAGGGGGCAUUCCAAAUGAAUUUGAGGAAAUUGCUGUUGCCUAUGACAAAAAUCAUCCUUGUAAAUUGGAAAAGGCUCUCUGUCUUGGAGAUGCAAUAUCAGAUCUCCCAUCAGUUACAAAUGAUGAGAGUCAGGAUGAAAGGAGGUAUGGAACAACUUGUCGAACAGACUUUCAAAGAUAUAUCCGAUUGAAAAGAAAUGAUGUAGUAGGUUAUACAACUACAGCUGCUCAAAAUGUGUCAUCUCCUCGAAUGUUGUAUGAUCACCGACCUCUGAAGUUGAACACUGAUGAUUAUGAGCGUGUAUGCCGCAUUCCCAAGAAAAAGGGUGCAAAUUUCAGGGAUCUGCCUGGCGUGUCAGUUGGCCCAGAUAACAAGGUAGAAUGGGACCAAUCAAUGGAAAGAGUGAUGCUUCCUUCUGGCAAACCAUUGGUCCCUGACUAUGCAAUGAAGUUUGUUCGUGGGACAUCUACAAAGCCAUUUGGUCGUUUGUGGUGGGAUGAAAUUGUUGCAACCGUUGUGACAAGGGCAGAACCUCAUAAUCAGGUUGUGCUUCAUCCCGUACAAGAUCGAGUGCUCACAAUCCGUGAAAAUGCAAGAUUACAAGGAUUCCCUGAUUGCUAUAAGCUGUAUGGGCCUAUAAAGGAGAGGUCAAUAUCGUUGUAUAGGUACAUACAAGUUGGCAAUGCUGUAGCUGUUCCUGUUGCUACUGCAUUGGGAUACAGUUUUGGAAUGGCUUGGCAAGGAUUUUCCGAUGACGAGCCUUUGACUGCCCUACCUUUUAAGUUCCCCAGUUGCCUUGAGCGAUCAUCAUCAACACAUAUGGAAGAAGAUGAUUCUGAUUGACUUGUAAGGAAAUUCAACCUUCGAUGUUAAGUUCAUUCUUACCGGUGUUGCUGCACUCGCAUUUUACCUUGUAAGACAUUUCAAAUUAUUUAUUUGCGGCAAUUCGAGAACUUCCUAUCUGAGUGUACUUUUAAUUUUCAAGAGUGUCAGGAGAGCAAUAUCUUAAACUACAACUUUUUUCCUUCUAAUGCAACCUUUGACCUCAACUCCGAGUCCCUGACAUUGUUGUUUCUAAACAUGAUAGACAUCUACUUGGGUUUUGUGGGUUGUAAAUGUAAUGUUAUACUUGUGAGAAUUCAUCAUUGUAUGUACAAUGAAUUUAUUCUGGUUCUUAAUUAUGAUGGGACUCGCAUGAGAUUCACUA